CUCUUCUCAACCAACCGAGCAAAUCGCCCACUGAGAGGAGCUGUACUGCUAAGCCUGCCAUGAGCACGAGAGGGGAGAUGUCUCCGCCCCGCCGCCGCCGCCGCACCUCGUCGCCGCCGGCCUCUCUGCCAGACGACGAGGACCUGCUCCAGGAGAUUCUCCUCCGCCUCCCGCCGCGGCCUUCCUCCCUCCCCCGGGCCUCCCUCGUCUGCAAGCUCUGGCGCCGCCUCGUCGCCGAACCCCAAUUCCAACGCCGCUUCCGCGACCACCACGGCAAGCCUCCUCUCCUUGGCUUCUUCCUCCAAGACAACAUCUCCUGCCCGUUUGUUCCAAUGCUGGAUCCACCAGAUCGCAUCCCCGGCGCUCGCUUCUCCAUGCCUCCCCACAAGCGCCACCGCAUCAUCGACUGCCGCCACGGACUUGUCCUUUUCCGCAGCCAAAGGCAGUCGCCCCGCCUACUUGUGUGGGACCCCGUUGCCCGCCAGAAGCGCCGCCUCAUCUUCCCACCGGAGCUGGACAACGGCGAGAUGUACAUCAUCAACGGGGCGGUGCUUCGCCCUGCCCGCGGCCGUUCAAGCCAUUUCCAGGUGGCCCUCAUAGCCCAAGACAAAGAAUAUACAAGAGUUUCCGGAUGCCUUUUCUCAUCGGAGACCGGUGUAUGGAGCAACAUCAAAACACUGCAGCUGGAUUUGGCCAAUAGGUGUAUGCCACAGCCAAGUACUUUGAUUGGCAAUUCCAUUUGCUGGUUAGAUACGGCGCAUCAUGACCAUCCUCAAUAUGCCAUACUUGAGUUUGAUCUGGAUACGCAGAGCCUAUCCGUGACAGAGCUGCCACCACACCUAGAAGCCGGAUAUGACCAAUUAAGGAUUAUUAAACCGGGCGAAGACGGUGGCCUUGGCUUCAUCCAUCUCUCACAUUUCCACGCGCAGAUAUGGAAGAGGAAGCCUGAUUGUAAUGGUUUGGCUGUAUGGGUGAUCGACAGAGCUAUUGAAUUCAAGGAACUUAGAUCAAAUUGCAAGGGCUACUCCCUCACUUUAGUUGGGUUUGUCGAGGAGAGUAAUGCAAUCCUUGUACUGACAGCUUCUGGCGUCUUCAUGGUAUAUCUCCAGUCAAUGGAGUUUAAGAAACUCUCCAAAUUGUGGGUCUUCUGUCUCUAUUAUCCAUUUGCAUCUUUCUAUCCUGCAGCUCUCAGUUCACCUAGAAGAUAACCCAAUAUAAUUGUCUCUUCUAUCAACAUUUUCCCAUCAGAAUUCUCGUUGGGUUCCUGACUUGGUAUGCUCGUAUGUAUUGGCAUUGUUGUUGGACAUGGUGGUGGUGAAGUGUUGGACAAUAUGUGAGAUGGUUGCCUGGUGAGACAUGCUAGUAUGAUGUGAUGACUGAAAAGGUGAUGUAGCACUAUCUCCUACUCCCUCCGUUCCGAAUUACUUGUCGCAGGUAUGGAUGUAUCUAGAUGUAUUUUAGUUCUAGAUACAUCCAUUUCUGCGACGAGUAAUUUGGAACGGAGGGAGUAGAUGUGUCCAUGGGAAUAUAUAUGCUAUUUUACAAUUUAUAUUGCUGCAUGGGCUUUAAUUGAUGAAUUUUUUCUUAUGAAAGUAUUAACUCACUUUGUAAUUUGUAAGACAUCCACUAAUUUUCCUAAGUAAUUGAGAAGAAUGUAUAUAACAGAACAUAAGAACCCUAACCAGUACAGUUUCCAUUAGCACACUGGUAAGAUAUAACUGACAAGUAUCUCUAGUCAAGUCAGAUAUUGCUUUUGCUUAUAUGCGGUCAAUUUCUCAACUUAAUAACUAGUAGAUCAGUAGUUUAUAUAUUGUCACAUUGACUAGGUUCAUAUAAAAAAAAUCCAGGUUAUAUAAAUUUAUAAAUUUUUAUGGCGAUAUUAUAUAGUGCUGAAAGGCUCAAAGCUCUGUUCUGACUAAUGCCAUGCGAUGUUAAAAAAUGGCAUCCGUUUUGGGCUGAAACAAAUGUUAAUUUUUGAGUUGAUAAACUAUCAGCUAAUACUUGUUCAUUGUGAGUAGUUCCACUUUCAGUUUAUAAGAAGUAUACUAUGCUUAUAACUAAGCCAAAUGUGUUUACUUAUUCUUACUGUGCAUGCUGUGAUGUUCUAGACAGUUAAGUAUUUGCCUGUCUCUGCAUUUAAGAAUCCAUAUAACUGAUUGUAUUAUUAUUAUGUAGGUAUGGCUAAGUUGCAGGUUGGCCCAUCUGUGUAGUUUUUCGUAUUUUCUGGUGUUGUGGCUAGUGAUGCUCCACUUAUGAAACUUCAUCCGUUGUAGCAUGUAGAAUUCAGACAUUUUCAGAAGCUACUUUCUCUGCAUAGCAGCUAGCAGUGAUGAUCAUUUCCAAAUCUUUCUUCUGUAUAAGGUGGUGUUUCCAUUGUAGACUGAACCCAUAUAGAUGGCCUUAUGCCAGUAAUCCGAUCUGGUUUAUCUUGGCA